AGUGACCUUUUUAAUAAAUUAACAUAUUCGUUUAUGGGCAUAAGAAUAGUAGCCUAUACUUUGUUUUUUAUUAUAAAUGGAUUUCAAACCUAUAUAGAAAUAAGGAAAAUAAUAAAAAAUAAACCUAAAACCACAACAAGAUUCUUUGUGUUCUUUUGGAUGACUGUGUUUUGUAUUUUUAGAGAUAUUCAAACAGCAUUUUUUUAUGAUAAUCACGAUUUAGGAAUUGGAACACCAAAUUUCUUUUUUUUUUCACUAGGAACAGCUGCAAUUUUUUUAACAUGGAUUUUUAUUCAUCAUUACUGGUUAUUGAUUAUGUAUAAAUUUUUUAUUUCAGAAGAAGUUAGACUUAAUCGUUCAAAACCAAUCAAUUACACAACAUUCAUUUUUUCAGCAAUUUUAAUUAUAUACCAGCUUACAGUCUCGAGCAUUACAUUAAAUAAAAAUAUAGAUACUGUAGAAUCUGUUGGAUUUUUAAUUUUACUUUUAAUUUAUGCUGCUAUUGUUUUUUUUAAUGGGUAUUAUUUACUAAGACAUUUAAAAAAACAUAAAAAAUCAACACCUUUUAAGCAUUUUGAUGUGAUGAUAUUAAAAACUAAAAUUCUUUUAGGUACACUUAUAUUUGUUGUAGUAACUGUAAUUGUUCAGGAAUUGGUUUUUAAUAUGCAUUAUACCGAUACAUAUGAAACCCCAAGACAAUAUUUAAAGCUUUUUGUUGUUGGUGUAAUUGAAUUUAUUCAAAUGUUGGUUGUAAUGUUAGUUUUAUCAGAUGGAGAUUGGAAAUGUUAUAUAUUAUUUAGAAAUGUAAAAAACCAUUCU